AUGGCACAGAAUGUGACGGGUGCAGUCGCCGGACGCGCGACCGCUGGUGACCAGGUCACCGUGGUCAGCAGCAGCACCGGCCUGACCCGCACCGUCAACGUCGGUAGCGACGGCAGCUACCGCCUGGGCCAGUUGCCGGUGGGUGACUACCAGUUGCAGCUCAGCCGCGACGGCCAGAAGCUGGGCGAUCAGGUGGUCGGCACCCGCGUGGUCAAUCGCGUGGAUGUCUACUCCACUGAAACCUCCUUCAACAUCAACCGGCAGGAAAUCUCGCGGCUGCCGGUGGCUCAGGAUCUGUCCGCCGUUGCGCUGAUGGCGCCAGGCGUGGUGGGCGGCAACUCGUCGUUCGGUGGCCUGUCGUUCGCCGGUUCAUCGGUGGCCGAGAAUGCGGUCUUCAUCAACGGCCUGAACGUCACUGACAUGUAUACCCGUCGUGGCUUCAGCACGGCGCCGUUCGCGUUCUUCAACGAGUUCCAGGUCAAGACCGGUGGCUACUCGGUCGAGUUCGGCCGCUCCACCGGCGGCGUGAUCAAUGCCGUGACCCGCUCGGGCAGCAAUGACUUCGAAGGCGGCGUGGAAGUCACCGCCGAGCCCAGCGCAUGGCGUGCCAGCGGCGGGGAUCAUUUCCACCGCGAUGGCACUCCCCACUCCUAUGGCAGCCGUGACAACAACUCGUUCCUGAAGACCAACGUCUGGGGUUCGGGGCCGAUCAUCAAGGACAAGCUGUUCCUGUUCGCGAUGUACGAAGACCGCAGCGACAAGGGGCACAACACCUCGUCCGAUGGCAGCACCUGGUUCAAGAACGACUCGGGCAACGGCUUCUGGGGCACCAAGCUGGACUGGAACAUCAACGACAACCAUAGCCUGGCGCUGCUGGCUUUCUCCGACGAAGGAGACGUCACCAAUGCGUCGUAUGGCUACAACUGGAACGCCGACCGGCUCGGCGCCUGGGGCGGCGACUCGGUCACCGAGACCGGCGGCCGCAACUGGUCGGCCACCUACACCGGCCACUUCGGCCAGAACUUCACCGCACGCGCCAUGGUGGGCCAGAACAACCAGCGCGCGUUCACCAACUCGUCGCUGGACCAGGCCUGCAGUCCGGUGUUCACCGAUAGCACCUACGGCCCGCGCCUGGGCAAGCUGCAGGGGCUGCGCGCCGGCUGCCAUCCCACCGGCACGGCGGUGGCCGAACGCGAUGACACCCGUGACGUGGCGCGCCUGGACUUCGAAUGGCAGCUGGGCGACCACCUGUUGCGCUUCGGCGUGGACCGCGAGUUGAUGACCACCAAGCAGUCCACCCGCUACCCGGGCCCCACCGAGCUGAGCUAUACCGCUUACGUGGCGCGACCCGGCGACGAAGUGUGGGACGGCGCCAAUGCCUUCGUGCCGGCGGGGGUCACCGAAAUGCUGCGCGCGCGCAACCGCAAGUCCGGUGGCACCUUCGAGACCGAGGCCAAUGCCUUCUACCUGGAAGACAUCUGGAACAUCACGCCGAAUCUCAUGCUGAACCUCGGCGUGCGCUGGGACCGCUUUGAAAACCGCACCGCUGCCGGCAAGGCGUUCAUCAAGAUGGACGACCUGAUCGCACCGCGCGUCGGCUUCUCCUGGGACAUGCGCGGCGAUGGCAGCACCAAGCUGUUCGGCAACGCCGGUCGCUACUACCUGCCAGUCACCAACAACAUCAACGUGAACUUCGCCGGUGGCCUGACCGACGAGUACAGUUACUACGUGCUCAACGGCUGGGAGCAGAAGACCUCGCCAACCGGCUCGCCGUACAUGGCGCCGAUCGUCGGCCAGCAGAUCGGGCCGACAGACACGCGCAUGAACACCGGCGGUGCCGACCUGCGCCAGAGCGUGGACCGCGACCUGAAGGCGGUCUACCAGGACGAGUACAUCCUGGGCUUCCAGAACAUGAUCAACCAGGCCUGGUCGUGGGGCGUCAACGCCACCUAUCGGCGCAUGACCCGUGCGCUGGAUGACAUCCGCAUCAACUACACGCCGUGCGGCCCGACCCCGAGCACGCUGUGGCCGAUCGCCAACCCGGGCGAGAGCCUGACGAUCUGGGGCGACAAGAGCAUCGGCUGCGCCAACGAAGGCUGGAUCACCAUCGAUACCGCCAACAGCGGCUAUCGCAAGGGCGGCAGCGGCGAGGUGAUCGGUUACUCCAAGCCCAAGCGCACCUACAAGGCACUGGAAUUCCAGAUUGAUCGCGCGUGGGACGAGAAGUGGAUGUUCAACGCGUCCUACCUGUGGUCCAAGAGCGAGGGCAACUUCGAAGGGCCGGUGAACUCCGAUACCAACUACGGUGAUACCGGCAUGGUGCAGUUCUGGGAUCAUCCGGCCACCAACGAGCGCUAUGGCGUGCUGUUCAACGACUUCCGCCACCAGUUCAAGCUCCGCGCUGCGUAUGCGCUGAACAAGCAGUGGUCGUUCGGCACCACGCUGCAGGUGCAGUCGGGUGGCCCGAUCACCGCCUACGGCGUGAUGUGGCCGAACGACUCCAUCGCCGGCGGCAGCACCUCCAGCGAAGGCAGCGGCGGCGGCACCGGCUGGCUGUGCGUGGCUAAUUGUUCGGGCCCCUACAACCAGCGCCAGUUCGAGUACAGCCCACGCGGCGCGUUUGGUCGCCUGCCGUGGACCUGGACCAUGGGCGCCAACGUGACCUGGCGCCUGCCGGUGGAAGGUAUCGACCUCAGCGCCCGGUUGUCGGUGUACAACCUGUUCAACAACCAGAAGACCAUCAACGUGCACCAGCGCUAUGAAGCACAGCCAGGCCAGUACCGCGAGGCGACCUUUGCUACCGGCACACGCUGGCAGGCACCGCGCUAUACCCAGCUGGUGGUGACCUGGAACUUCUGA